AUGCGAGCGGCAUUGCCGCAUAGUGAAGGACUUACUUGGUGCUCCGCCUCCCGACCUCCCCUGCCAUUUGCGUAUGCCGCGCACGAUGAUGUCACGCGGAGGCGGAGUCACGGCAACGCUAGGGUGAGCGUUGCCGUGACUCCGCCUCCUUCCCGAACUGCAGCGCGGCACCAUCCUGAACUGCAGAGCGGCGCCAUCCGGAACGGAAGGUCGGCACCCACUCCAGCCCUGAGCCCAGCUUCCCAACUGAUCCUGAGCCUGCUGGAGUCUUCAGAACUGUAAGUAUUUACAUUAGUUAGUUACAGUAAUAUAUAUUGUUUUAUGGGAGUAAGGGUGGUUAGAGGGGAGGGGGAAGGGUGGAUGGAGGGGUUAGUAGUACAGUACUAUCACAUUGUUAAAAAUAAAGUAAUCUGUUAAAUACUAUAUAUUUGUGUCAUAAGUUGUGCUUUUUUAAUUUUUAUAAUAAUGAUACAGCCAUUUUAUUUAAUACUUUUGUGCUGAUCCUUUUUUUCCCCUCUAUUUUCAAGGGACACUAUAGUCACCAGAACCACAACAGCUAAACGUAGUAGUUCUGGUGUCUAUAACAUGUCUCUGCAGGCUUUUUAACCCCUUAAGACCGGAGGGCGUACUAUUACGCCCUAUUCUAAGCAGCUCUAAACGCCGCUGGGCGUAAUAGUACGCUCUCCGGUAUUUCGGUACUUACCCGGUCGCCGGCGAUCGCGGUGGGGGGGACUCCCAGGGAGCCCCCCGCGGCACGUCCGUCCUCCUCGAAGCCCCCCCGGCCAUGUGAGAGUGGGGUCCUUGCGAGGACCCCACAAUCACAUGGCCGGGGGUAGCUGCCUCCUGCAUUGCCAUGAUCUAAGUAUAUAUACACAUAUACAUACACAUACGUACACCGUCUCGGUGUAUUUUACUAUUAAUAUAUAUAUAAAUAUAUAUAUAUAUUAAUAUCAAAUUACACGUAGACGGAUACUGAUUAAAUAUAUAUAUAAUUAUUGUUAUAUAUAUAUUUAUAUAUAAUAUAAAAAAAAUGAAAAUGUUAAUAAUUAAAAAAUAUAUAGAUGUGUGUUAUUUCGUUCUAACUGUAUUGUGAAAUAUAUAUAUAUAUCAAAAUACACGUAGAACGAAAUUAUAUAUAUCUAUAUACAUAAAUAUAUAUGUAUAUAUCACUAUAUAUACCUAUAUAUAAAUAAAAAUAUUUUUUAAAAAUUAUAUAGAUAUAUACACACAUACAUAUAUUAAUUCUACAUAUAUAUUUAUGUAAUAUUUUUACAUAAUUAGGUAUCUUAAUUAAUUACAAUUAGCAGGACCUGCCUGACAACCCAUGCCGAAAGUAAAGGGAAUUUAAUUUGCUAGCACUAUAUUUAACCCUAUAACUUUCCGAGACACCAUAAAACCUGUACAUGGGGGGUACUGUUCUACUCGGGAGACUUCGCUGAACACAAAUAUUAGUGUUUCAAAACAGUAAAAUGUAUUACAACGAUGAUAUCGCCAGUAAAAGUGAAGUUUUUUGCAUUUUUCACGCACAAACAGCAUUACACGGACAAUAUUAUUGCUGUGAUACUUUUUACUGUUUUGAAACACAAAUAUUUGUGUUCAGCGAAGUCUCCCGAGUACAACAGUACCCCUCAUGUACAGGUUUUAUGGUGUUUUCAAAAGUUACAGCGUCAAAUAUAAGGCUUGCGUUUCAUUUUUUUCACAUUAAAAUUCGCCAGAUUGGUUACGUUGCCUUUGAGACCCUAUGGUAGCCCAAGAAUGAAAAUUACCCCUAUGAUGGCAUACCAUUUGCAAUAGUAGACAACCCAAGGUAUUGCAAACAGGGUAUGUCCAGUCUUUUUUAGUAGCCACUUAGUCACAAACACUGGCCAAAAUUGACGUUUUUUGCAUUUUUCACACACAAACAAAUACUAACGCUAACUUUGGCCAGUGUUUGUGACCAAAUGGUUACUAAAAAAGACUGGACAUACCCCAUUUGCAAUACCUUGGGUUGUCUACUAUUGCAAAUGGUAUGCCAUUAUGGGUGUAAAUUUCAUUCCCGGGCUACUAUAAAGUCUCAAAGGCAACGUAACCAAUCUGGCGAAUUUCAAUUUCAAAUGUAACGUGCUAUAUUUGACCCUGUAACUUCCCAAAACGCCAUAAAACCUGUACAUAGGGGGUACUGUCUUACACGUGAGACUUUACUGAAUACAAAUAUGUGUAUUUUAUUGCAGUAAAAGCAAACAGUAUUAUGACAUUGACUGUUAAAAUGUCAUGUAGAACUAAAAAAAUAAAAAAAAUCGUAUUUUCUCCCAUUUUUUUCAUAUUAAAUUAUGUUUCAUAGCUAAAUAUUUGAUAUUAAAUGAAAGCCCUGUUUCCCUGAAUAAAAUGAUAUAUAAUAAGGGUGGGUGCAUUUACUAUGAAAGAGGUGAAUUACGGUUGGACAGACAUGUAGCGCAAAUGCCAGGUUUUGUUUACAUUUUGUUUUGUUCACAACGUGUACAUUUGGCUCCGUCCUUAAGGGGUUAAUGUAAACACUGCCUUUUCAGAAAAAAAGGCAGUAUUUACAUUACUGCUGAGGAAUACCUCUGGUGGCCACUCACAACACUGGCAUUCGCGCUAAACACUCCUCAUAGAAAUGCAUUGAUUCAAAGCAUCUCUAUGAGGCCACGCAUGCGCAAUAGCCUCCCAAUGCUUCUCUAUGGGAAAGCAGUGGGUUGGGUAUGAUAUACAUGUGCAUAUAUGUGACAUGUGACAUUCAUGUGCAUUGUAUUAAAGAGAUGAUCUGUAAUACACUCACAAAUUGUACGUUCCUGUGAGUUGUAUUGCUGUAGAGCUUGUGAUACUCACACACUCCACUUUUCUAUGCAUUUUAUUCUGAGGUGAUCUGUGAUGUACUUGCACAUCGCACAUUACUGUGAGUUGUAUUGCUGUGGAGCCGUGCGAUACACUUCACAUUACUGUAAGUUGUAUUAAAGGACCACUAUAGUGCUAGGAAAACAAACUCAUUUUCCUAGCACUAUAACGUCUUUAGGUCCCCCCCACCCUCAGGGUCCCACUCUCGCCAGGCUGAAGGGGAGGAAGCAGUUAAACUCAAAUUUCUCCAGCGCUGGGCUCCCUCGGUGCUGGGGAACUCUCCUCCCUCUUCCGAUAUCAGCGCUGAAUGCACAUGCGCUGCAAGAGCCGCACGCACGUUCAGUCAGUCCAUAGGAAAGCAUUUCUCAAUGCUUUCCUAUGGACUUUAGCAUCUUCUCACUGUGAUUUUCACAGUGAGAAGCGUGGAAGCGUCUCUAGCGGCUGAAAACGAGACAGCCACUAGAGACUGGAUUAACCCUAUUGUAAACAUAUUAGUUUAUCUGAAACUGCUAUGUGUACAGUUGCAGGGUUAACCUUAGAUGGACCUGGCACCCAGACCACUUCAUUGCGCUGAAGUGGUUUGGGUGCCUUUAGUGGUCCUUUAAUGUUGGACGAAAUCGUUUGAUGAAAGAAGAGGAAGCUUCACUGGCGUGCACAUUUACUCUUGCGUGUAUACAUGCAUGCACUGGAGUCUUAACCCGUCAGAGAGAAGAUACAUGCAACAGUCAUGAGCACAGCUACAGAAGGGAAGAGCAGACAAAGCAUGGAAGAACAGCGAGAGGAGGAAGGGGAUUGGUGUGGCGCAGGCUCUCGUUAGAUGCCUUCUGUGGGAACUUUUCAUCUGUAGUAAGUUAAACAGCAAGCUUGGCUGUAACAUCAACAUUUUAAAUAUGCAAAAAUCCUAUUAAAAUAUAUGCAUUUUCACUCUAUUGACUUUUGUUUAUGGAAGUGUCAAUCGCGUUUAUUUAUUCAGGAGCCUGACUGCCCUCAACAUGUCCAAACCUCUGAGUGGUGCUCAGAAGCGGAAGAAGAAGCAGGAGUUGGAGGAAAAAAUAUGUAGAAUUCCAAAAAUAACUGGUUUUCUUUUACCUACAAGUGGAUCUUCUGCACAGCCUUCUGCGUGUGGAUCUUCUAAAGAACAUGCUAGUACAUGUUCUCAGGAAGAGAUUCCUCCUCAAAGUGUAUCAGAAUAUGGCUCUGAAGUCAACACAGUGGAUUCCUCUGAUCAGCCCAUGUCACUAGAAACCACUCCAGUUCCCAUGGAAGUUGAGAAACCUAGCUUCCAUACUGUUGAAAUACAAGACGCAACUGCUGAAGCAGUUGAUAUACCGCCAAAAUCCAUGGAAAAGUCAGGUUUCCUAACUGACAUUGGUUUGUGGCCCAACUCAUCUACUCUUGAGAUGCGGGAGUAUUGGUCCAAAAAUGGAAAUUCGCCAGUAAGGAAACCUCUGGAAAAACUGCGCAAUGAAGGAUUUCCAAAAUCAUUUAAAGAUGGACGUUGCUGUACAGCAGAUAUGUUUCUUCGUAACUGUCCCAAUGGGGACAAAGUUGAAAGGAAGUGGCUUUGCUACUCAAAUAACAGAGGCCGAAUAUACUGUUUUGACUGCAAAUUAUUUAGUUCAUCAACAAAUGCAUUUUCCAGUGAUGGCUUCAGCGACUGGAAACAUGCCAGUGAACGAAUUUCAUCCCAUGAACAGUCUCAACAUCAUAUACGCGCUGUGAUUGAUACAGCCAAAUUUUCAAAACUGGAAGGUCGGAUUGACUAUAAAAUGCAACAGCAAAUUGAAGAGCUGACCACCUAUGGGCAAAACCUAGUAAAACGUUUGCUUAGUGUCAUCGUUUUUCUUGCUGAGAGAGGAUUGGCUUUUAGAGGUGAUGAUCAGACUAUUGGAUCCCCACAUAAUGGCAACUAUCUCGGUAUUUUGGAAUUACUGUCAGAGUAUGACGCUUUCCUAGCACAACACAUCCAAACAAAGGCAAACAAAGGCAAAGGAUGUACAAGUUAUUUAUCAGCAAAUGUCUGUGAGGAACUCAUACAAAUUACUGGGGAUAAGAUCUUAGAAGUUGUCAUCAACCGUAUUAAAAUGGCAAAAUACUACUUGGUUGUGUGUGGAUUCAGCGGAGGAUUCUUCUCAUACUGA